AUGGCAAAAAAACGCCAAACUGACGUGGCCGAGGAGAUCAUCCGGCGCGCUUCCGCAUACAUACCGGCUUUUGAGGAUGUUUUCACGGAGGAGGGGUUCUACAUAUUUUUUGCCUGCCUUACGGUAACAGUGAUUGUUGUGGUGUUCACCUGUGCUUGGUUUUUCGACGUAACUAUUACUGACGCUGGCGAUUUUGCACCUCGAUCUCAAAUAAAGAAACCUCGGAAAAAGAAACUGCCCACGUACGGAUAA